GUUUAGGGUUUAGGGCUUUGGUCACAGGAUGAGGGUCUGCAUGUGGGUUGUGUCGCCAUGAUAGCCUAACUUCACAUCUGGCAUGCAGAGAAUUCCCCCCAUCCCAGCCCCCCCUUAUACCCCCUUGCCCCCCUUUUUUUUAAAAUCAGAACUUACGGUCCAAAAUUCAAAUCAUCGUGGUAUAUCAGCAUCCGCUCAGGGUUUAGGGUUCAGGGUUUUUGCCGCAAAUUGGAGGUUCAAACCUUUAUGGGGGAUUGGUUAAGCGUCCUCAGGCCUUUUUUUCAAACUGGGCUGUACCCUUAUGUGUCAUGAAUGGGGAAGGUUGCUUUUUUUUUUUUUUUUUUUAGCAAAAAAAGGUUGCAGAAUCUCAACUUGUCCAGCUCCUGGAUCGCCAGGCAGAAGGAUGAGCGAAUGUUUCUUUUUUUUCCUUCUUUUUUUUCCCCAGUGAAUGGUAAUUGUCCUCAUCAGACCCUUUUUGUUUCCGUUAACUUGACCAAACCCCGAGCUCGACCAACUCAUCUGGUUCACAUGGUGGAUUUAAAGCAUAAACCUUAAACCCUGACCCCUAAACCAUGUUCCAAGCCAUGCACCAGCGUCAGGACAAAGAAGGAGAAGAAGGAAAACAAGACGACGACGACGAUGUCGAAGAAGAAGAGGACAAGGAAGAGGAGGAGGAGGAGGAGGAGGAGGAGGAGGAGGAGGAGGAGAAGGGAGAGGAGGAGGAGGAAGAGGAGGAGGAGGAGGAGGAGGAGGAGGAGGAGAAGCGGCUCUCUAGGCACCCUAUGGUUCGUUUGUCGUGGCAGCAGAGCUGUGGCAUUGACAGGUGGCGGCAGAGCGACGAAGCAUCGAGAGUCGGGUCUGGUCUGGUCUGGUCUGGUGUGGAUGGAGGAACCCAAACUGAAUCUGCCGGCGUUGUGUCAGUUGUGAUGAUGGAUGCAGAAAAGCCCCCCCCUACAACUCGGGAGGAGCGGAUAAAAGCAAGGCGCGCACGGAUUCAGGUCCGGAUUUUGGCAAAACAACAGGGCGAAGAUGGAGCAGCGCCAAAGAAGAAACAAGAAGAGGAGAAGAAGGACUUGGGGCUUGGCAAGAUGCAAAUGUUCGACAGCCUCAAGAAGCUGGCCAGACUACGGUCCUCCGGUUUCAUGGACGUUACCAGCAUCCGUCUUCAGGCUCACGAACGCGAGUGCACCCAUCGCAACAACGAGGCCACGCUUCGGCAUGAAAUGCGGUCCCGGCUGAUACAGGAGGCCGAAACAAGUGUUCAGGCCAACGCCAUUCUUGCGACUAACUGGUUGGACCUGUUCGAGGUGGAGGUCCCAGAGGAGCUGGCAGCGCAGAUCGGACUGCAGCUGCAGGCCUGUGGGGAGAUCCUCCAGGGUAAGGAAAAGCUCCAGGAAGAGAGUCGUUCGGAGUUGAAGAGCAAAGAUGAUGAGUAUGUCCGGACCCUCAAGACCCAGGCCAAGGAGAUAGAUCAACUCUUGGCUGCGGCGAGUGGUCAGUUCAAGGCUCUGGAGCGCGCAUUCCUCGCCGAACUGCAGGAAAUUGAGCUUGCGUUUCUGCAAGAAAGGCAAGACCUUUUGAACAAGAACAAGGCGGAGAUAGACGCGUUGUUCGAAAAGCGGCGACUGCUGGAAACCCAGUUCCAAGAGCUAAUGCUUCGCAAAGCCGACGAGUACGCGGAGAUCCUCGAGCAGCAGCGCAAGCAAGACGCGGAGGAGUACAACAUUCUGAAGAUCAGACUCGAGACGGAAAUCCAGAACCUUGAGCAGCACUUGGAGGUCAUGAGGGCCACUUACCAAUUGAACACGGAGAAGCUGGAGUACAACUACAGAGUCCUUGUCGAGCGAGACAUCGAGAACCAAGCUACGCUGAACCAGCAAAAGCGGAAGAUCGCCCGUCAAAGGGAUGUGCUGAGUGGGCUGAAGGCCAAGUAUACGGAGCAAGAAAGGAGGUAUCAGGACCAGAACAUGAGGCUGACCGAAGACUACAAACGGGUUACGGACCAAUACAAACAUCUCGAGAAGAAGUUCAAACACUUCCAGCUUGCAGAUCUAUUUAUAUACCAGGCAGUAUGGAUCAUGCAAGAAGAUUCGGUCGCCAUCCUUAUCCGUAAACUUCUUCAGGCGGACAAGGUUGUGACAGAGCAGCAGUUGGGGUGGCAGUGGAGACCUCCCAGCCAAGAGCUGUUCACCUCACCUGAGUUUGAGGCGGCAUAUUCGAGCGCACUGAAGAAAGCGAUGACUGGGUUCGGGGAUUCGAAAGAAGGUUCUAACAAGGGCAAGGAAGACGCCGAAGAGGAUCUGCCGUUGCUCAUGGAGGCGAUGGCGGACUCCAAGUACAAGCAACUGAUGAGAAUGCUCCACGAAGAAGUCGCCUACCUUGUCGACAACAAAGUCAAGCAGCUUCUGGCGUUAGUCGACUCGCCGAAAGAGCAGAAGAGCUUGAAGGUUGAGUCUAUCUUGCGAGCGUUGGGCAUCCAAGACCCAGCAGGAUUGGAGAGGCUCUGGCAGUUCCUGCAGGUGCCCGACGGCACACAGCCGUCUGUGAAUAUGUUUAUAGGGAACGACAGCGACCAGGAGUCGAAUGGCGAUGGAGGAGAGGACGAGAGCAAAGACCAAGGAGCUAGGGAGCAGGACGUGACACUCGUUCACCCCGACAAAUUGGCGGAAAGGCUGCGGCAGUUUGUAAUUUCUGAGCAUGAAAGUGGUAGGGGUUUACCGAUGCGGAGGAAACAUACUCACCUCACCAAGAGCCAGCUAGAAAUGGUGCGAUCGGAGCAGAUGGCAUACUGGGGUCGGCUGAUGAAUGUGAUUUCUCCUAGAGUUUUUCGUAUUUGGGGGGUGUUACAGAAAGCCCUUCUUGCGUACAACUGUCUGCUCAACCAGAGGUGGAGAUUAUUGCAAGAGGCAAAGUCAUUGAAGCAAGAAAACACGAACCUGAAGAUGCAGUUGAAAAAGCACCUCUCAUCAAAGAUUAUGGAAGACUUGCUCAUUCCUCCCAUUCCACAGCGUCUGCCACGAUAGCACCAAACACAAAUGGACAAGCGAAAUCAGAGGAUCAGUCUCCUCUAGACACCCAUCCGGACCC